AUGGACCCUGCCUCUUUUGCCUUCUCUGUUGUGUCCAUGGUGGAAUUAUGCAUCCGUCUUGGGAAAGAUCUGUGGGCACGAUGUGAAGCCUACCGAAAGGCCGAGUGCGAACUACAGGAAGCAAAUCUGAGGGUCCAGGGUCACUGGAUCAAGAUCGAACAACAACUAUCCGCACUUCAAGCGGUUUGGGAGGCGCUACCAGAUCCUCUACAGGACCACCAGUGUCAGGUGCUACAAAUCCUGCAAAGCAAGCUUGAGAUAGCGAUUGGGAAACUUGAAAGUCUGAGCGUAAGAUCGACAGAAGAAAUCGCUAUCGAAAGACAGACUGCCACUCGAGGAGCGCGCAUCCUCUCCAAAUUAUCCCGAACGCAGCGAAUCGAAUAUGCCGCCUACGCCAAGGGAUCUCUCCAACACAUUGUCGAAGAGCUGGAGAGAUGGCAGAGAGACUUCGAUCCUUCUUGGUUCUUUCUUAGCCGCCUGGCCGUUCAGCUAAUUGACCAGAAAUUUGAUGACAGGAGAGCUGCGGAGAGUAAAGCCGUCUCGACAGUCGUCAAUCUCCGCCAAGCCCACCAAGUCAACGAAUGCUCAGGAGGAGAGACUUUCGCCUCAAUCUUUUUGACAGCAGACUUCCAUAUAAGUUGCCGUGAGAAGAUUGUAUUGUCGUCUGCAUGGACCGGUCACACCGACGAAGGCCUGGUUGUCAUCGAUCGCGUCCCAUUCAAGACCCAAAACGACUUCGGCCGACGCACCAAGGACGUUCGGGACUUAGCACGCGUUCUUUCCACAGUCGAUCCCAAGUUCUUUGGUCUUCUGUCUUGUCGCGGAGUGCUUCGGACAGAUAAUGCAUUUAAUCUCAUUUUGCCCAUUCCACUAAGUUACCAGCAAGCACAUCUUCUGAGCCUCCGUUCAAUUCUCCCCACCGAUGCUCGCAUCAGUUAUCCUUUAAAUGAGCGAGUGAACCUGGCUGCUUCUCUAGCUCGCUCCGUUGUUUUCCUACACUCUUCUUCAUUUGUUCAUAAGAGCAUCGCUCCGGAGAACAUCAUCAUCUGCCAAACAGAUCCAACCCUUCUCGGUACUCCCUUCCUGGUUGGCUUUGAUCAAUUUCGACUGGCAGAAGGCCGGACUUACAGGACUGGUGACAAUGCCUGGGAGAAGAACAUCUACCGACAUCCUGGUCGCCAAGGUAUACGCCCUGAUGAGGAAUACAUGAUGCAACACGAUAUAUAUAGCAUUGGUGUCUGUUUGCUGGAAAUCGGGCUCUGGACUUCGUUUGUCCAGUAUCCUGGGGACAUGAGCAAAGCUGUCCCAGAACCCUCAUUAUCUAUUGAUGAAUUUAUCCAAGAGACAGAUCAGCGACGGGCGGCAGCCCAUAUUAAGGAAAUGCUCAUCAAUCUGGCCAGGACUAAGCUGCCAUUGCACAUGGGCACGAUAUAUGCUGAAGUCGUGGAGUCGUGUUUGACAUGUCUCGACAAAAACAACACUACGUUUGGACCUGAGACGGAAUUUCUGGAUGACGAUGGGAUCAUCGUUGGUGUCCGCUAUAUUGAGAAGGUUCUGUUUGAGCUCCAGAGAAUUGUCGUAUGA